AUGGCCAAAAAGAACAAGAAGUCUGCCGAGCACAAGGAGCGUGUGGCAGCCAAGCAGUCCAAGAAGUCUGCCCAGAAGGAGAAAAAGUCCAAAGCCAAGGGCAAAGAUGUCGAUAGCGACGCCGAGGACGCCGACCUCGAUGCUAUCCUCGCCCAGUAUGCCGAAGAGCAGGCCAAAUUCUUGAAGGUCACCGAAGUGCCAUCUAGUCCUCCAGCACCCAGAUCUUCUGCUACUGUUCUUGCAUCUCCAUCCAACCGCAAUGAAAUCAUGUUGUUCGGUGGAGAGUACUUCGAUGGAACACAUGCGACAUUCUUCAACAAUCUCUUCGUGUACCAGAUUGAUCGAGGCGAGUGGAAGGAGGUGACUAGUCCCAACAGCCCUCUGCCUCGAAGUGGACAUGCUUGGUGCCGUGGAGGUAACUCUGGAGGCGUGUACCUGUUUGGAGGAGAAUUUUCGUCGCCCAAGCAGGGUACUUUCUACCAUUAUAACGACUUCUGGCACCUGGAUCCAGCCACCCGAGAAUGGACUCGCCUUGAGACCAAGGGUAAAGGGCCUCCUGCGCGGAGUGGUCACCGAAUGACCUACUAUAAGAACUAUAUCAUUCUCUUCGGUGGUUUCCAAGACACUUCCCAGCAGACCAAGUAUCUGCAGGACCUGUGGAUUUACGACUGCUCGAAGUAUACCUGGUUCAAUCCCGCUUUGACGACGGCCUCCCAGAAGCCUGAUCCCCGCUCCUCCUUCUCAUUCCUGCCUCAUGAGACCGGUGCCGUCAUCUACGGUGGUUACUCACGAGUCAAGGCUGCCGCCGGUGGUUCUGGUGGCAAGCAAGGCAAAGGUGGCCCUCAGAAAAUGACUCUCCGACCCAUGGUCCACCAAGACACUUGGUUCCUGAGAAUCACACCUCCGGAAACUGAAUCGGCUGCAGCCUCGACAGGCCCAGCUAUUCGCUGGGAGCGGAGAAAGAAGCCUGCCAACACGCCUAACCCACCACGUGUGGGUACUACGAUGGCUUACCACAAAGGCCGUGGCAUCAUGUUCGGUGGUGUUCACGAUGUUGAACUGACCGAGGAGGGCAUCGACAGCGAGUUCUUUGACACGCUAUUUGCUUGGACUACGGACCGAAACCGUUUCUUCCCAUUAUCCCUCCGUCGCCCACGUGCAGGUGGCAAGAAGCAGCAAGCGAAUCAAGCAAACAAGUCUCGUAAUCGUGGCAAAGCAGACGAGGAAGAGCUCUUGCAGAAUCUCAAGGCAUUGGAAGCGAAGCAAGGGCUCCGCGACGAGGAUGACGACGAUGAGUUCAUGCAAUUGAGCACACCCAAGUCUGAGGAGGAACCCGUUGAGCCUGCCAAGCCUGCAGUUAUUCGAUUUGAGAUGCCACACAGGCGAUUCAAUGCUCAGCUUGCGGUGCAAGACGACACUCUUUUCAUUUACGGCGGUACAUUUGAAAAGGGCGACCGCGAGUUUACAUUCAAUGAUAUGUACUCGAUUGAUCUGGUCAAGCUCGAUGGCGUGAAAGAACUGUUCUACGUUGAGCCUGAGAACUGGAAUCUUCUGGACGAGGCAGACAGUGAUGAGGAGAUGGAUGAUGACGAGGAGGAAGAGGACGAGGAAAUGGACGAGGAGGGAGCGGAUGCCAUGUCUUUGGAUACUUCUUCGCCUGCGCCCACUGAUGUGACUGUGCCCUCUGUCACUCAGGGCAUGGAACAACUAGAGGUUGAGGAACAAGAAUCGGAUCAACCCGCUGAUACUCGUCCCCAGCCUCGUCCCUUCGAGAGCUUGCGAGAGUUCUUCAGUCGCACCUCUGAAGAUUGGCAGAAUAUACUUCUCGAGGCAUUGAGGUGGAAGGGCCAGGCCGAAGACAAGACAGUCAAGGAAUUGCGCAAGGGAGCGUUCGAUAUGGCGGAAGAGAAAUGGUGGGAUAGCCGUGAAGAGAUUAUGGCCUUGGAGGAUGAACAGGAAGCUGCGGGCAUUGGAGAGGUUGUUAGCAUGAACGACCGCGCCGAGAACAUGGGCGGAGCAGGUCGUCGUCGGUAA